AUGUCACACUGGAAAGAGUUCCUAGACAGGGCUAGAGAGGGUCACCUGUGGAAAGCGGCAAAAUACAUGCAACCACGAGACACCUACUCCAACGUCCCGACGCUAAAGGUUGGAACUGAGGAGAUCACGGACAAUAGAGACAAAGCCAAAGCAUUCCGUGAAACAUUCUUCCCUAGGAUGGCGGACGCCGAAGACGAAACAGUACCAGCGCCUGCGGAAGAGCUAGAAUGGAAGCCAAUCACCGAACUAGAGAUCUACCGGUCACUCAAGGCCGCCAAAGGAACAACAGCCCUAGGGGAGGAUGGUAUCCCCACCCUAGUGUGGAAGCACCUGUGGAGCCACCUCCACGCCCACAUCACCCGCCUUUUCUCAAGAUCGGUAGACCUGGGGUACUACCCAAGACAAUGGAAGCGAGCGAUGAUUGUGGUCCUGCGGAAACCUGGCAAGCCAGACUACACGGUACCCGGAGCGUACAGACCCAUAUCGCUACUUAACACGCUAGGGAAGAUACUAGAAGCUGUCAUAGCCCGGAGACUGUCAUUCUGGGCCGAAACGCACAAACUCCUCCCGGACACGCAGUUUGGAGGCAGACCCGGACGCAACACCGAACAGGCACUUCUAGUACUUGCAAAUGAGGUUGACCGAGCAUGGUUACGGUCCAAAGUGGUCACACUCAUCGCCUUCGAUCUGAAAGGCGCUUUUAAUGGAGUCAACAAACUGAGCCUUGAUGUCUGCCUCCAAGCGAAAGGCAUCCCGACAGUUGCCAGACUAUGGAUAGGAAGCUUCAUGGAGGACCGAUUCGCCAAUAUUAGCUUUGACGACUUCCAAACGGAGGUGUCCCCUCUGGAAAACGCAGGCCUCGCCCAAGGAUCCCCGCUCUCCCUUAUCUUAUUUGGAUUCUUUAACUCCGACCUAGUCGACCAGCCAGUGGACUGCCAUGGAGGGUCAUCCGCAUUUAUCGACGACUACUUCCGAUGGCGAACCAGCCGCUCGGCGGAAGAUAAUAUCACGAAAAUCCAAGAGGAAGAUAUCCCCCGCAUUGAAACAUGGGCCCGUAGGACCGGGUCCUCUUUUGCUGCAGAGAAAACGGAGCUAAUACACCUCACACGAUCCAAGAGGCAACAUGCGGUCGGACAGAUUACAAUGAACGGAAAGACAACCAAGCCAGCCAACACAGCAAAGCUCCUGGGCGUUAUAUUUGAUAAAGAGAUGCGCUGGAAGGAACACGUACAACAAGCAGUCAAGCGUGCAACCCGAGUGAACAUCACCCUGGGGGGCCUAAGACACCUCCGCCCAGAACAAAUGAGGCAGCUUUAUCAAGCUUGUGUAACGCCGAUCGUGGACUACGCAUCAACCGUCUGGCAUAAACCGCUGAGAGAUAAGAUCCACCUGAGGACAUUAGGAACAGUGCAGCGGACAGCCUUAAUUCGUAUCCUCUCAGCGUUCAGGACAGUAUCAACCCCGGCUUUAGAAGCGGAAGCGCACAUUCUCCCAACCCACUUACGGCUCAAACAGCGCGCACAGAUAGUAGCUGCCUGCCUUAGCACUCUACCAAAGGACCACCCGGCCCAGUCGGUAGUAGCCCGAGCAGCAACACGCAGCGCACACUUAAAAUCUGGCCACCGGUUCCCGCUCGCGGAGACCCUGCGGACGAUGGAAACUGACCGGUUACGAACACUAGAAACAAUCGACCCGACUCCCCAACCACCAUGGCAGACACCAGCCUUCGCUGAAAUCGACAUAGAACCCGACCGAGAGAAAGCUAAAGACAAAGCCUUGGCGAGGCUAAAUGGAACAGGCAUUGCUAUCUUCUCUGACACGUCCGGACAGCGUAAUGAACUAGGCGCGGCGGCAGUGCUCCUGGACCAGAGCCACCAGAUCCUGCAGGCCCGGCAGAUUAGUAUUGGGUCAAUGGAACAUUGGUCCGUAUACGCUGCAGAGCUUAUGGCUAUCUACUACGCCAUUAGCCUGGCAUUUUCAACAGCCAUGAAGAAUCAGAAUACCCCAGCGACGGAGAUUAACCUAGUAACCAUCCUCAGCGAUAGCAUGUCAGCACUGCAAGCCAUAGCAAAAUACACGGAACCGGUCUGGCCAACGGAUCAUCCAGGCCAUCACCCAAUCAGCCAGAGAACUAAAGAUGCGUGGGAUUCCCCUCCGCCUCCAGUGGGUCCCAGGUCACUGCGGCGACCCUGGAAACGAAGCAGCUGACCGCCUGGCUAAGGAAGCAGUUGGACCAGAGACAAAGCACCCUUUUCAACAUCUUUUGUCACGAGAAAAGGGUUUUAUCCGUAAGAGAAUUCGGAAGGAAUGGGAACAAGAAUGGAAGACCUCUAAAAAAGGCGGCCACCUCCGUCGGGUAGACAAGGACCUACCCUCAAUCCGCACUCGGAGAAUGUAUGGCUCACUGCCUCGAAAUCGGGCUUACUUGCUCACGCAACUCCG